AUGUCUGAAAGUUGGGUUCAAAUUCAAGCAGAAGAAGUCGAAGCAUUAUGUAGUAUUUUCGAUGAAAAACAAUGGAAACGAGAUGAAAAUUCUAGUAAAAGAACAUACACAUUAACUAUUGAUCAUCGACCUGAACGCGCAAUCAGUAUGGAGUUAACAUUUGUUGAUGGUUAUCCAAUAGAUGAGCCACUUAUAUAUAAUCUUAGAGGACCGUGGUUGAGAGGUGAAGAACGGCAAGAAUUAAUAAAUAUCUUAGAAAAUAUUUAUCUGGAAAAUAUUGGCAAGCCCGUAGCAUUUUUAUGGGCUGAUGCUCUUCGAGAUUUUGUUGAUAGAUCAUCAAAUAGCAAUGAAACUGUUACUGCACAGCCAAUUGAACCGAUGGUUUCACAAUGUUCGAUAUCCGCAGCAACUGCAACUCUACCACCUAUCUAUAGUGAUGAAACAUUUGAAGAUCGUAAAAGUGUCUUUCAAGCACAUCUAAGUCCUGUACAUAGUAAAGAAGAAGUUCAACUUGUUCUCAAUAAAUUAAAAGAAAAUAAAAAAAUUGCUAAUGCUACUCAUAAUAUGUAUGCAUACAGAAUAUGGGAUGAAAAACGUAAUGCAGUAUUGGCUGACUGUGACGAUGAUGGUGAAACAGGUGCUUCUAGUCGAAUGCUUCACUUAAUGGAUAUUGCAGAUAUUAAAAAUGUAUUAGUCAUUGUCUCACGAUGGUUCGGUGGUAUACUUUUACAUAAUGACCGAUUUAAACAUAUUAAUAAUGCGUGUCGAAUGAUUUUAGUUAAUCAUAGUUAUAUAAAAAAGGCUCCCGAUGCGAUAAAAAACAAAUCUCAUAAAUCACCUUAG